UGAACAGAACCCGAUGACCAAACAAGAAUCAUUAGUUAAGACGCAAUCAUGAUAUUUAUUUCAAGCGCAGUAAUUAUUUAUUUCAAACGUAAUUAUCAAUUUCUAGAAUUCAUUGUCUCAAAGUCACCUAAUUGCGCAUUUCCUGUUUCGUUGCGCAUCUUCUCUUCAUAUUUAUUUAAAACGCAUAUUAGAGCCAUAUAAAUAGAGCGCAGACCUAGACCUAAGCGAUUAUUGUAUCAUCCAAGUUCGUUGAAUAAACAAGUGAAAGUUAACAAGUUCUUCUGAAUCGAUCAUCAAGAACCCACUUAACAAAUCCUAAGAAAACCAACAAAAGUGAAUCAAAGUCUAAACCCAAUUCUAAUCCGCGAUCGCGAUUCGAACCAAUAAAUAAAUAAAUUAUAUUUAAUAACUCGUGAGUCGAUAACGAAAUCGUUAAUAUAAAACCGCUCGACACAAACGGGGAAUAUAAUUGGCGCAGUCGGUAGGAUCUGAGAAGUUUUUCAUCGAGAAAAUCUUGCUGUUCUAACAGUUAACUCAGAUCGUAAAUCGCGAAAGCAGAACUUUCAAGUGGAAAAAGACUAUUGAACUUUUGUGUGAUCAUCGUACGAGAAUCAUCGUCGAGAUCAAAUCCAAAGAGCACGAAGAAACUGGACCGCAAUCCGAGUUGGUCAUUCCAAACAUUGAAUAAACCACAUCCAAUCGAGGACGGGAAAAUUUGCGUUCACCAGUUCAUCUGCUCAAGUUUAUGUCUCCGGUACGCCAUCUAAGAGGGUUCGCCCUCCUUCUGGCACUGAUCACCCUAGCACCAGCGCAGAUAGAAAUUAAAAAUUUGCAAUCCAAUCCUGGAUUGUUACCAAUUCAUUUCGGCCCGGCAAAAAUACAAAAAUAUCACCAUACGAUUAUACAUUAUUACAAUGUAUCGUUGAUAAUCAAUUAUUUCGAAGAGCUAAAUACUAGAGUCAAUCAGAUAUUGGAGACCAUUAGCAGGAAUCCGCAUUACGAAUCAAGCUUGGGUAAUUACGUAAAAAUCAUUGCAAAUAUACAAAAUACUAUUUCCGAAGAAAUAAAUGAAAUAAUUCCAAACAAAAGAACUAAACGAGGUCUAAUUAAUGCUUUGGGCUCAGUCAUAAAAACAAUAUCAGGCAACCUUGACAAUGAAGAUGGCAGAAAGUACGAGGAAAUGAUUAAAAAUCUAGAAUCAAAUCAAAAAGUAAUUAAUAGUCAAAUUCAGGAUCAAUACACACUAUCAACAGAAAUUAUAGAUAAAUUUAAUAAGACAAUUGCAACGAUAAGUAGAAACGAAGUUUCGCUGGAAUUACACUUGCAAAGAGCUGAAACACAUCUAAAGAAUCAAAUUGAAAAAUCGGAAAUUCAUGACGUCACAGAUACGUUAAAUCAGCUACAUCUGAUGUACCAAACAAUUGAGCACAUGCUGAGUAAUUUGGUCACCGCCCUAACUUUUUCAAAAUUAAGACUCAUGCACCCAAGUAUCAUUUCAACAAAUGAGUUGUAUACCUCAUUGCAAAAUUUAGAAUCGAGAGGCAAUCUUAAUCAGUUACCAUUUGAAGUUUCACACGAAAACGUAAUCAAUUAUUCCAAAUUAAUAACGUUAAAAUCAUAUAUUGUCGACACUAGAAUAGUGUUCAUUCUAGAAGUACCAAUGUUCCACGAAACAUCAUUCGACCUAUAUAAAUUGUAUCCCAUCCCAAUUUGGCUACAAGACAAUACCUUCCGAGUAAUUCUUCCACAAGCCAGAUAUUUAUUACUUGCCGGAAAUCUGGUAGCUCACGAAUCUGAAGAUUGUCAGCUUCUGAACGGAACGUACUUUUGCAAACCAACGAUUGUACAGAACGUGCAAAAGGACAAUUGUGAAACAAACAUAAUAACGAAACAAAAUCUAUCAAAAUGUGUGCAACACGAAAUUGAAAUCGUGGAACCACAAAUUCAGGAAAUAGAAGACACGGCAUAUUGGGUAUUAUUUGCUCCAUAUGCCACCGAACUAAAGAUAAAUUGUCCGAAGAAGAGGGAACUUCAAUCUGUCCGGGGGACAUUCCUUCUUCGACCUUCAGCCACCUGCCAGUUCGAGUUUAACGAAGAAACAAUCCAGCCGAUCAUUACAGAGGGCAAUAGCCAGCCCUUGUUCAUUGCAUUCAACAAGGACAACCUCGAUACUAUCAACCAGGCGGACUGGGAAACCGUAAAUAUUGAACCAAUAAAUAUUAAUGAAAUUAAUGAUUUAAAGGCAAGAGCAAAAUGGUCCCAGAUCAAUCCAUUCCGAUCAAAAACCAAAGCUCACGAUUAUACCCAGUAUACGCUAAUCAUAUUGCUCGGUAUAAUCAUCACCAUUGUCAUCGGACACCCCUACUUCCGACGAUGGCUCAACAACAGACGGAAAAAAUCCUGCCCCGAAGACAUCGAACUCCAAGAAGUCCAACUUCCUCGGUUCCACCUCGGAGUUGACUCUGUGAAGGGAGGAGUUAUAUGAACAGAACCCGAUGACCAAACAAGAAUCAUUAGUUAAGACGCAAUCAUGAUAUUUAUUUCAAGCGCAGUAAUUAUUUAUUUCAAACGUAAUUAUCAAUUUCUAGAAUUCAUUGUCUCAAAGUCACCUAAUUGCGCAUUUCCUGUUUCGUUGCGCAUCUUCUCUUCAUAUUUAUUUAAAACGCAUAUUAGAGCCAUAUAAAUAGAGCGCAGACCUAGACCUAAGCGAUUAUUGUAUCAUCCAAGUUCGUUGAAUAAACAAGUGAAAGUUAACAA